AUGUGUAGUGUAUGUAUCGUGUACCCUUCCACAUACAAUACAACAAAGAGAGAAAGUUCCCUUCUUUCUUUCUCGCGUUCUCGAUAGUUCUAUUUUUCUCCGUAAACUCUGUUUCAGAUUUGCAAAUAACACAAACAACCAUCGGGGGAAUCCAAAUCCUGCCGCAGAAUGGAGGACUUGCCGUUGCCGGCGCUCUUCGAGCAAGCGCGCAAGAUCCACGCCGACGCCACCGAGUCCGCCGUCGACCAGGAGGUUGUGAAGAAGGGGUGCCAGGCCCUGCAUAGAUGCGAGGACAUGGUGAAUAAUCUAGGUUUGUUCUCUUCCAACGAGACCAAAGAGGAUAUCAGCACCGCCAAUCUCAAGUACAUUCUGGUUCCAUUUUAUCUUGCGGAGUUGAUGGAAAAAAUAGCACAGGAGGACAGGUUACAGAUUCUAAAGGCUUCCCAGGCAAAGUUAAAGGAAUUUAUCUCAUUUUGUGAAGCAAUGGAGCUGGUCCCAAAAGAGGAGUUAGAAUCUUAUAUGGAAGGAGCACCAAAAACUGUUGUGGAUCAGAGAGCUAGGAAGAUUGCUAGGUUCAAGCGUCAGAGAGCUGCAGAAUCAAAAUUGUUAGAAAUAAAAGAGCGAAAGGAACGGCGUGGACGUUCUACCAAAGCAGCUGCCCUAUCCACACCUGUUGAGGCAGGAGAGGAAGAAGUAUUGGAUGAUGAUGGUGAAGAAGAAAGAGAGGCUUGGACCACCACCAUAUCUUUGGCAAUUUGUAAGGCACUAGAUCUGCUGGAUAUGUUGAAGAAAGAAGACGAGAUGCUUUCUGCUGUGAAGGAUAGACAAUCCAAGGAUGGGGCUGAGUUCUCUAGGGAUGUUCUGGAUGAACGUGCCAAGAAAGCAGAAGCUUGGCAUCGUGAUUCUGCAGUUCGUGCGCGGUACACUAAGCCCUCACCACCAAUCACAUGUGCCACUUUUGCCCAAGAUGUGCUAGAAGGAAGAGCAAAGGCUUCACAAGCACACGAUCACAAGCACCAACCACUGAUAUUUGGACCUGCCAGCCUUGUGAAUGGAAGCUUAACAACAGAGAGAGAAAGAAUGGCAGCUCAGGUCUUCCAACCUAGUCAUAGGAUGCCAACUAUGAGCAUUGAGGAAGCUGGACUAAAAGAAAUGGAAAUAAUGAAUAAAUGGCAAGAGAGAAAUGUCAAACUCAUGGAAGAAGCCAAUUCAUCUUGGCACAAUGAUAGGAAGUCAAAGCCUGGAGAAGAUGAUGAUGAUGAAGAUGACGAUGCAGCACAAGAGAAAGCAAGGGCUUGGGAUGACUGGAAGGAUGAUAAUCCACGAGGUGCAGGAAAUAAGAAACUUACCCCUUGUGGGUAAACUGAGUUCUUCCCUGUCUUGAGAGUAAAUGGGGUUGGGAUAAAUGUUUUUGGACGAAAUCUCGUAAUCUACAGUUAAUAUACGCAUAACUUGUAGUUGAUAUACUCGUAAUUAGAUUGUGCAAGAUUUUACGUGGACCAUGAUUUCAUUUGAUUAUAUGUGCAUAUUCUAGGAGUGCAA